AUAGCCUUUUGUUUUCUGAGUCUGAGUUAUAACAAGCAAGCAGCUAGCUAGCUUGUGUGUAUAAUGGCGGACGAGGUUGUUCUUUUGGACUUCUGGCCAAGCAUGUUUGGGAUGAGGGUGAGAGUUGCGCUGGCUGAGAAGGGUGUCAAGUAUGAGUACAGAGAGGAGGAUUUGCUGAACAACAAGAGCCCACUACUUCUGCAGAUGAACCCGGUUCACAAGAAAAUCCCGGUUCUAAUCCACAACGGCAAACCGGUCUGCGAGUCAGCCAACAUUGUGCAAUACAUUGAUGAGGCUUGGAAGGACAAAGCUCCUUUGCUUCCCUCUGAUCCUUACCAGAGAGCUCUGGCCAGGUUUUGGGUUGAUUACAUUGAUAAGAAUUUAUACGAGGCUGGGAAGAAUAUAUGGGCCACAAAAGGAGAAGAACAAGAGGCAGCCAAGAAUAAAUUGAUUGAAAUCCUUAAGCUGUUGGAAGGGCAGCUUGGAGACAAUUCUUUUUUUGGGGGUGAGAUAUUUGGGUUCUUGGACGUUGCCCUAGUCACAUUCUACUGCUGGUUUUUUUCCUAUGAGACAUGUGGGAACUUUAGCAUAGAGGCAGAGUGCCCUAAACUGAUUGAAUGGGCCAAGAGGUGCAUGCAGAAGGAGAGUGUGGCCAAAUCUCUUGCUGACCCAAAAAAGGUGUAUGAGUUUACUCUUCUGCUGAAGAAGACAUUUGGUAAGGAAUAGAGCAAGAAAAAUUGAGAUGUGUUCUCAGUUGUGUUGUACUUCUGUUUGUUCUCUUUCUUUCAGCUUGUGUUCUUAGUAUGUAUGAGAUUCUGGUGAACACUUUUGGUGUGUCUACAGAACUCAAAAGGAUGUGUAUCAAGACAAACACUCUGAUGUGUCUGUCAAUGUCUGAUUAUGAAUAAGAAGGGGUGUCUUCUAAACUAAA